AGGUCGCGCUGCAAGCCUGGGAGCCGCGAUGGUGGAUGUGUCCGAGAGGACGUUGCAGCUGUCCGUGCUGGUGGCCUUCGCCUCCGGAGUGCUCGUGGGCUGGCAGGCAAACCGGCUGCGGCGGCGCUACCUGGACUGGAGAAAGAAGAGGCUGCAAGACAAGCUGGCGGCGACGCAGAAGAAGCUGGACCUGGCCUGAGAUCCCCGCGCUGUCGGUCCCCGCCGGCCACCGCGCGGCCACCUCGAGGCCACCUCGCCUCACCGGCGCGGGGCUCCAGCCGAAGCCAGGCUCGCCUCACUCUCUCCGCCCGCAGUGCCGGGCUCUUGCCGGAGUCGGUGAGCAGUACUUACAGCGACGCCUUAUGGGGAGACUUCGGGGACGGCCGGAUAUCUUGGGAUAGGAGGGUCUUUGGAGAGCCCACAGGAGCUUGUUGAAGAUGGAUAUAGAGAACUGGACAGAAAUAGUUUCUCCUUGCACUUUAUGAAUCAAUUUUAUUUUUAAAAUAAAAAAAUUAAACAUA